AUGUCGUUCAUAGACAUGAAUGACGCCGAGGAAACCGAUGCGCUCUUGAGUGCUGCAUCGCCCUCCGAAUCCUCCGUCUCAGAUGCCCAACCUCAGGCGCCCGCUUUCAAGAUACCCUCCCGCACCAUUGCCGCCGUCGAGCAUCCUUUCCUGAUCCAAAAUCUCGACAAGGGUAUCGAAACUUUCGGUACAAACCCGCAGUUUCAAUCAGUCUUGGAUCCUUCCAGGCCCCAACUCUCCGUGCCUCUGUAUUUGCACCCCAAAGAUCCUACUUCAAGGCCAAUGAUGUCUCACUAUGCAUCAUCCCACAAUGUACUCUUCAAAAUAACAGUCCCAAAGCGCACUGGCCGGAAGCGAAAGAGGGGCAGUAAUGGGCCAUGGCAGGGAGAGGCCCAUCAACCCGCUGAAGCCACCGGGCGAGGACCGGAAAGCUUGCGCUCAGAGUCAAGACUGGAUGAGCCCAGGAUCCUGAGGCGGAAGCUUCAGGACAACGUCGAUAGCUAUCAGGCCGAAGCGGUUGGUGUUAUCAAGCAUACCCAUCGCUACAGAGGCAUGGCCGACUUCAACUACUCCAUGAAGAACAAUGACUUCAUGAACGAGUUCUCAGACAAGAUCUUGUCUGGUGACGUCUCCAAGUUCCGUCAAUUCGCCAUGAGGCCAGGCGUGGACACGACCCCUAAACAAGAAAUCGUUGCUCCGCCUCUCAUGACCCAGAUCAGCGUACCCUAUUACUAUAUGUACUCCCAGAACCCAUAUGUGAGGGUCGUGAGCACCACGGAUGGAGGCUUCGAGAUGGUCAACACCACUUCUAGGGUCAAGUCCGUGGGCUACUUCAUUGGCACACAGGACGCAAUUCCCACUGGCCCUACUGGCAGGCCGAGAAUCAGGGAUCCCUUAUUUGAUGUCAUCGUCAAGUCAAUGAGGACGCUCCUGGACGAGCGGCCGGUCUGGACGCGUCGUUCGAUCAUCAACCGGUUGACCGACUUCGCCUACGAUCCUGAGAACCCGGAGAAACGGUUCCCGCCCAACCUGUCACAGCAGCUACUCAAGAAUGCCAUCCAGUACGCCGGCUACCAAUUCAAGGGUGGGCCCUGGCGUGACGCCCUCUGCCGAUACGGCUAUGACCCUCGCAAAGACCCCUCAAGCCGCGUAUACCAGUGCCUCAUCUUCCGGUUGCGGCGGCUCCAGGUCGGCGAGAUGGGCGAGAUGUGGCAGGAGCUGCGGAAGCGUGACCUCUCGUCGGUCAAGGCAACCACCGACGAAUACACCGACACUCACCUGUUCAAUGGCAAGAACUACGCCGACGACGGCAAGGUCUGGCAGGUGUGCGACAUCACGGACCCUCUACUGGCCAAGCUUUUUGCGGACGCGCCCGUCCGACCCGUCUGCGACAUCGAGGGCAGCGGCUGGUUCCACCGCGGGCUGUGGGCGAAGGCGAGGGCCAUUAUGAAGUGCAAGAUGAGGGCGAUCCAGUUCGGGAGGGUCCUCAAGGACAGCGACUUCGAGCAGGCGUUGCAGGCGCGCGACGACAGCCCGGACCCCGACGCAGCCAGGAGCAUCGCCAUCCCGACGCCCGACCUGAAGCUGACGGAUAAGGAGCUCGAGCUGAUCCGCGGCAAGAAGUACAACAAGGGUAUCGGUAGGAAGCGGCACAACAAGCGCACCUCGUACCACUUCCCGGGGAGGAGGGUCAAGGUGGGCCUCGGGAGGUCGGGCCGGGCUGGCGGGCCCUCGCAGUCGCAAGAGGGAGAUGGGGAUGAGACCGCCCUGGAGGACUACCAGGAGCCUGAGGACGGAGAUGAGACGGGCAUCGUGGACGGUCUGCCGACGGACUUUGAGGACGGCAGCGAGUAUGACGAGGACGAAGGGGAUGAAGACGAGGAUCUUGUAGAGGGAGAAGACUACGGCGAGGACGAUGAGGACGACGAGGACGAUGAAAUGGCCGAGCAGACGGACUAUCAGGCGUUCCAAACCGACUAUGACGAGGAUGAGGACGAGGAGCAGGACCUCGAGGCCGACGAUGCGGAUGGCUGA